CUUAUUGUUUUUCUUUUUUUGUUUUUUUUCUUUUUCUUUUUAUUAUCAUCCAUCGUAUUUUGCCCUUCGUAACUUUCUUUUCUUUCUUUCUUUCUUUAUUUUUUUUCCCGUCUUUUUAACGAACAAAAAUCAAUAUGGUUUUUGACGCGAGCACGAUACGACUGAUAAUACUCUUAUGUGUGACUUUAUAUCUACACGCUGGAGAUUAUAGUACCUUUAUACCUUCAAUAUUUGCCAAAAACGUGGAUAAGAAUGAUACAGAUUCUAACAAAGGACCAAUAGGUCCACCGAUAAAAGGAUCUAAAGAAAUAUUAACAAUUGACUUUACGACGAAAAAGGAAACCGAGAAGGACAAUGGUAUCGCAAGACGGGCCAAGAUAAUGACAACAAUUAAGACUGCCUGCCUGCCAAAACUCAUUUGCGAAUUGACGUCUUCUGUUCAUCAGGAUCAAUUAAGCGAAAUGGAACGUUCACUGUUGAAUUUGAUUCGGGACACAAGUUUGAAUACGAUCGCAGAAGUGCCCUCGAGAUAUCAUUUCGCGGCUCACAUGGGUCAAUUAAUUUCUGGCGUGGAAGGACAAGGCUGCCAUAACUUCUAUCCUACUUGUCCUCUACCAAGUAUCAGUGUACUUAACAUGAUGAAGAAAAUUAGAUUGCAAUGAAAAACGAACAAAUCAUUGUAAUUUGUUAAAUUGAUGCUACUCGAAGAAUCUUGUGUCGCUGUGAAAGUUUUUAAAAUAUCUGUGAUAUUCUUAUGAUGAUGUUGUUGGGAGAAUGUAAAUGACGUAGGAACGAA